AUGCAAAAGAAAAUCAUGUGCCUCGUAUUGACAUUGACCGUGGCGCGCUUCGCCGAGUCAUGGCCCCGAAAACCUGAAGUGCUCGAGAAUUUAAACGCAGACUACUCCGCCCAAGGAUUUGAUGAUGAAGACGAAGCAACCAACCCUUUUUCAAAACUACUGAGAAUAGGUGAAGUAAUAAAGAAACCGAUUGUUUUUGAAGAAGAUGGCAAGGAUGUCAAUUUAAAGAUUAUAGGAUCUAAAAAGAAGAAUAGUGAAAGAAAAAAUGAAAAGACCAAAUAUAGAUCUGGUGAUACAAAGUCAUUCUACAAAACUGGCGGUUCGCGUGAACAUGGGGCGUACGACGAUUUGGAUAUAAAUGCUUUAGCUAACGCCAUUGCAGCAACCGCUGCCGUCAUAAAAGCUAAUGAAAACAGAACCUACCGAAGAGGCAACAAAACAAGAGGUUUCCAUCGGGUCCAUCACAAGGACGAAUAUAAGAAAGAUCAAGAAUUCUAUGAAGAUGACGAAACCAAAGGAUCUAUUAAUAAAAACGCCUUGAAUGGGGCUGGCAAGUCACUAGAAGUAAAAGGAACCCUUAACAAAGGUACCUUUAAUCAUGAUCAAAAUAAAGGACUGUACGGCAAAGAAGGAUUUUUAGAAAAUGGUUUUACAGAUACACAAUUCGUCGGUUUUGAUGAUUCACUAGGUCUUGACGCAUCCUUUUCUAAUGAAAUUUCAUAG